AUGCCUGAAAUCCAAUCCGCCAUUGCUGCAACGCCUGAUGCAUUAAAUGGGGCAGUUGAAAUCGUGAAUUCAGUGGUAACGAUUGGCGAUGCGUUAAAUAUAGCAAAAGGAACCUUACAAUGCAUCGGUACCGCGGCGGAUGCAAUUACCCCUUUUAUUCCAUUGAUAGGUGCAGCGACUACGAUUAUUAGCGAUAUUAUCAUCAUUUACCAACAAGCAGCAUACAAUAAAAAGAUUGUUAGCGCUUUAUAUGAUAGAACGAGAUAUGCAGAACUCGCCAUUGAAACUUUGCAACGACGUAAGAAAUUACAUGAAAAAGAUUUUAGAAGUCAAGAAUGGUAUGAUGCAUUUAAUCGUUUCGUUGACGUUUUAAAGGAAAUUAGAACUUUUGCCAAAGAAGUUUCAUGUCUUCGUGGAUAUAAAAAGUAUUUUAAAAGUUUUACCGUUAAAGAGCGAUUUGAAGCUCUCACCAAUUCUUAUGACGUCGUUAUGAAAGAUUUAAACUUUACUAUGGCUGUUGCAAACGAAGAACAAAGACGAUAUGAUAACGAAUGUUUAAUGGAUGAUGUUUCUGAAAUGAGCAAAUUUCUUCAAACAAUCGAAGGUGGUAUCGUGACCAAUGACAAUAAGCUUAAUAUUGUUCUUGAAGAGUUAAGACUUAUGAAAAUCAGCAUAGACAGCGGGAAAGGACCGAUUGCAAUGGCCAAACAAAUAGAGGAAAAUGAGAUAACGGAUCCUUAUAUCAAUGAACCAACUGAUUAUCGUGGUAGCAACAGACAUAUUAUAAGAAGGCAGUAUAAGACAACCAUAGAAGUAGCAUGCAAACCUUUCGAAUUAAAUAAGGAUGAUAAAGAAGAAUAUAAGAAAAAACAAGGUCAACUCGCCAUUUUAUCCAAAUUAUCCGAAUGCACAAAUAUUCUUAAAUUCUAUGGGCUAGCGAAUUUAAAUGGGCAGAAUCACAUGAUAUUAGAGUGGGCUCACUAUGGUAACUUGAGAGAGGUAUAUGAAGACUAUGAUAUACCUUGGAUGAGGAAAUUACAUAUUGCGACCGAUAUAUGUCGAGCCAUCACUUUCUUGCAAUCUGUGGAUAUUUUUCAUCACGAUUUGCGAUGCGAGAACGUCAUGUUGACAAGGAAUUUAGAACCGAAACUUACAAACUUUGAAUAUGCUCGUUCCAAAAAUGCUUCAACCUCUUCAAUUGGUGAUUUAAUGAAAAUAGUUCAUUGGUUAGCUCCUGAAAAAAUGCGCGACAGAAGUACACGAUACAAUAUUAAAUGCGAAAUUUUCAGCUUUGGGAUGUUACUUUGGGAAUUAACUUUUGAAAAAACUCCAUAUCAAGGAUGGGAAGUGGAAAGAGUGGAAACCCACGUAAAAGCAGGAAAGAGAGAAAAAAUUACAUUUGGACCUGUUGCUGAUGACCGGGAAUUAGAAAUUCAAAAAGUAUUAGAAGAAGUUAUAACAGGAGCAUGGAAAGCAAAUCCUGAAGAAAGAAUUUCGCUUGUUAAACUAUUUAAUACACUUGAAAAAUUACAAUCCGAAAAUAAAAAUUUAAUGGAACAAGGUUGUAAUUCAAAUUUACUUCCACAAAAAUCAUUGGAUUUGGAUGGGUCAAGCACACCUCCACCACCACCAGAUAGUGACGCGGAUGCGGAAUUACCCGAAUUCGAGGAUUUCUCGCUUGAUUGUGGAAUAAUAACAGUAAUUUCAUUUGAAGAAGGGGUAAAAGCACAUAAGGAUGGCAAAUAUGAUAAAGCUUGGGAAUGUUUCGAAUAUCAUGCAGAUAAUGGAAAUGCAAAUGCAAAAUAUUGGAUGGCUUACUAUUUAUGGGAAGGAAAGUUUGUAGAAAAAAAUUGUGAAGAAGCUGCAAAAUUAUUUAAGGAGGCUGCUGAUCAAGGCAUUCCUGAUGCACAACUUCGCUACGCAUUCACAUUUCAAACUAAGCUAGGUAAGAAAAAGUAUCGAGAAGAAUUCAUUAAAUAUUUAACUUUGGCGGCUGAUGGAGGAAAUCAAUCCGCUCAAUAUAAUUUGGGGGAUGUUUACUUUAAUAAAAAAUUAAUGAUGGGUGAUAAGCAAAAAGGAAUUUAUUAUUUAAAAUUAGCUGCCUUGCAAAAUCAUCCAAAUGCAAUUAAAAUGUUGGAAAAACAUAAUAUAAGUUUUGCCGAUGGACCAAAAUUAGAACAUUAG